CGACAUUGCCACCAGAUAGAUUACCACGCUGCGACAUCCCUUCGUCCGUCUCGACCUCUACCCCUGUUUGUUGUGGAGAGCUGAACAUGGCCGGAACUUCUCCAUCUCGGCCUUUGGCGGAAAAGAGUCCGCUGUCAGGGAAGCUCAACCAAGUCUUCCGGUUCGCUGCGCAGCGGGGCGCGGCCGAGAAAACGGAACCACCCCAGGCGAGGACCUCGGUCUACGAGCAAACUGCAAGGGAUGCCUACGAUGCCAGCUUCGAUGUCCUUAUGAUCAUCAUAGGUAAUGCCAUCUUUUUGGCCUUCUUUGAUUUUCAAUACGGCACCCACUUCUCGUGGGAGAUGGGGGAUAUUAUGGAGGAUUUAGUCUACGUGCUGCUAGAUAGCAUUGAGCUCGCAAAAAAGACCUCUGCCGAGGCCAAUGGGUUCCGUGAUGCACAUCUGAGGAUGAUGGCUGACUCCACCCUCUCGAUUGCGGAUCGAGAGGCGUGGAUUAACAGCCAGAUGCAGAUGGCUGUUUCUCAAGCGGAGAGCGCUCGCGUCAUAACCCAGCGACACAGGGCCAUUCUAACGGAGUUCCUUGACCUCUGGUUCCGAGUCUUCCAUGUUGUUGAGCAGCGUGUCGCUCAAGUGACGGACACGGCUAGUCCGGAUGCCUUGCUGAAAGAGCUCGAGGCGCUAUGUGGAAUGUCUGCCAUGGAUGCCAUUGGAGCCCUACUCAAGCCCGUGGAGGGGGUCUGCAUGAUCGAACGAUCCGCCGUUCCGGAGAAAUCAGCUUACUACUCGGUCCGCCAGACACCACAGGCCUUCGAUGCGGUUUUCGUGGACAUAAGUGAUAAAAUCGAAAUAAUGGACCGUGUCUGGGCGAUUACCCGAUUUGAAGCGAUCAAGAUUCAGAGUUAUCUGGAUGCUGCGCUGGCUCUUACGUUCCACCCGCCUCUCAUGAAUACAAGUCUCCAGAACGCAGCAGACAGUUAUGCGGAGAUUGCGGCAUACCUGAUCCCUUACGCCCGUGAAAUCCAAGCCUUGAUACACGACAUCUGGGGGGAGGACUUCGAGUUCUGAGCGACGUCAGCCCAGCCGUCUAUUACUGGGGGAGUUGAAUGCCUGUUGCUUGAUUAGUUUAGGGUGCAUGAGCUGAACCGCACCGGCAGGGAUUCUCUAGCUUGCAGAAUCAAUAAAUUGUCAGUGCGCGUGGGUGGCAAGUUUCAUGGUUAACAUUCACGCAGCCAGCCACAUCUAAGUGCAGAUUAAUGCUUGCUACCCGUACUAUGCCUAGAGCCAAUGAGAACGGCAGAUGGUG